AUGUCUGCCUCUGCACCUCAAUCAGAUGAAGGCUCCGACAUUGACUCUGAACCCGAUUUACCGCUGAAGAGGAAGCAACGCAGGAGCAGAACCACCUUCACCGCAGAGCAGCUGGAGGAACUGGAGCGAGCCUUCGAGAGAACCCACUACCCAGACAUUUACACCAGGGAGGAGCUGGCCCAGAGGGCGAAGCUUACUGAGGCCCGAGUGCAGGUCUGGUUUAGCAACCGCCGUGCAAGAUGGAGGAAGCAAGCUGGAGCCAAUCAACUGAUGGCUUUCAACCAUCUCAUUCCGGGGGGAUUCCCUCCCACCGCCAUGCCGACCCUGCCAACAUACCAGCUGUCGGAGACCUCUUACCAGCCCACAUCUAUUCCACAAGCCGUGUCAGAUCCCAGCAGCACCGUCCACAGACCUCAGCCGCUUCCUCCGAGCACUGUACACCAAAGCACUAUUCCUUCGAACGCAGACAGCAGCUCUGCCUACUGCCUCCCCAGCACCAGGCACGGAUUUUCAAGCUAUACAGACAGCUUUGUGCCUCCAUCGGGGCCCUCCAACCCCAUGAACCCCGCCAUCGGCAAUGGCCUUUCACCUCAGGUAAUGGGACUUCUGACCAACCACGGUGGGGUACCGCACCAGCCUCAGACCGACUAUGCUCUGUCCCCUCUCACUGGGGGCCUGGAACCCACGACCACGGUGUCAGCCAGCUGCAGUCAGAGACUGGAACAUAUGAAGAAUGCGGACAGUCUGCCCACAUCUCAGCCCUAUUGUCCCCCCACCUAUAGCACCGCAGGCUACAGUAUGGACCCUGUCACAGGCUACCAGUAUGGGCAGUAUGGACAAAGUGCCUUUCAUUAUCUCAAGCCAGAUAUUGCAUAAGUGAACUGUCCACUUGGAGCCCUGUUUCCGGCCUCCACAGACUAGACAUGAAGAAUCUUCUCAGAAACUAAACAAUAAAAAAAAAAAAAAAAAAAAAAACAAAAAAAAAGAAAUGAAAAAAAAAUCAG